AUGUCCAACGCAGAGCCUCGCAGGGCCCCAUGGCAUCGUCGACCCAGGGUUGGCCUCCGCCACUCGAAGCACAACCCACGAAACGCGGCUGUCUCCAAUGGGGCUGUCUUCGACUUGACACCCGAUACUCGAACAGACAAAGCCCACAACAAACCAAAAACGACACACGCUGCAAGUCACCAGGCUCAAGACCGCAAGGCAUCUCUCGAGACCCCCGUACUACAAAAGCCGCCCUCUCGGCAGCCCACACCGACCCUUUGCAAUAAGCCCGUGCCGGGAAUCAUCGGCAUAAAAUCUGCUCUUGAGGAGGAUGAGGGCCUCGAUAUCGACGACGAGGCUCCGUCCCACACCAGCCGCAUGUCCAGCGUUGGCACAUACGCAAAGGCAGAGAACACGCCUUGCUACAAGCUAGACAUAGGACAGCCCACCGACCCCGACGAAGGGCUCAGAAAGGAAACUUCUCAGAGUGCCAACGCCAGUCCGGCUCUCGGGCCAACUGAGGGGAUCCCUCACAUCGGCCCCAAUCCAGUCGUCCCUCCAGGAGGCAAGCCCUUGCCUCCUUUACUCGCGUUCGAAGCGGUCACUGCCGCCACUUCAGCACACCACCACCACCGUCACGCCCAGUCGGCGAAGCCAAAGGCAGGCCGCGGGUAUUACUGUCGUCACUACUGCCACCAUGGGACCUGCAAGUGGGGAUCACGCUGCCGUUACCAGCACAUUAUGCCGAGCACGUCUGCGGGACUGGCGGAGGUUGGACUCAAGGGCUUUCCGGCUUGGUACCGCGCUGUGCUGGCCAACCUGCAAAGUGCUGGCAGAAUGCCUUACCAUCACGGGAUGCAAGCUGACAAAAUGGAGGGGGGUGAGAGAGGAAUAUGGGAGGGACAGAGCAUGGGGGAGUGCCAGACUAGAGGCAGAAAUGUGGACGUGGAGAGGGCACUGGCGACGAAGAGAGCUGAGAUGGAAAGAUUGGAGCGUUUGAGGCGGGAGGCGAAUGGCUAUUGUGCUACGAGCGUCGCAGAGACGGGGCAACAGAGCCUGGCUCGGCAGAGACUGGUUGACUUGGACUAG